CACGAUACAAAGCUUUCCAAUCGCUCUUCGAUGGCGGCGUCGUACCGCUCGCAGCAGCUGGUUCCAGCCGCCUCCGCGAUUCCGAUGGACGAAGCUCCGCCCUUGCCGCCGGAGUUCCUCGACUUCCUCGGCGAGAACGGCCUCGACCCGUCGAUCUACGCCGUCGGCGACUCCGUCCCUCGUUACGUAAGGGUGAAACCCGGCGGCGAAUCGUGCCUGCGGGAGCUCGAAGGCGAGCUCGCGUGCGAGGCGGAGGGGGUCGAUUGGUUGCCCGGUUUUUAUUCGCUGCCGCCGCGGGUUCAGAUCGCUGGUACGAAAGCGUACCGUGAAGGCAAGCUUUAUGGGAUUGAUGCUGCCUCCGGAGCUGCUGUUUCGGCUAUGGGCAUCGCCGAGGGAGAUCACGUGCUCGAUCUUUGCGCUGCUCCCGGUGCUAAACUUUGCAUGAUGCUGGAUGCUCUUGGUGAUUCGGGGUCCGUCACUGGUGUUGAUGUUUCUGAACACCGUUUGGCAGCUUGCAGAACGAUGGUGCAGAAGUAUGCGAUAGGCAAUCGAUGCCGAUUGUUUGUUGCCGACGGAACGGCGUUUUCUGUGAUUCCUGCUAGGGUUCAUUCCUACAACUCAUGUGAAUCCACAACAAAUGAAAAGGCCCAAACAUUCCAAGAAUGGACUUCUAGGAGGCCAUGGAAAGAGAGGAAGAGAGCAGCAAGAGCCCGACAAAGUGCUACUUCCAAGUCUCGCCUAGGAUAUCAAUAUCCUGAGAUUAUAUUCUACGGGAAGCAUUCUGGAGUUGUUGGCCUCACCAAAGAUGACUUGUAUCGGACUGUGUCCGACAAUGAGCUUCUGCACUGCGGCUAUGACAAGGUUCUUGUUGAUGCAGAAUGCACUCAUGAUGGUUCAGUAAGGCAUAUUCAGAAGUUUGAGCAGUGGGGAUGGGAAACUCUUCAACAGCGUGUACUAGAUGCAGAGAGAACAGAUAACCUGACAUUGCUCCAGUUAAAGCUCUUAAUCAAUGGCUUCAGGUUGCUGAAAGUUGGUGGGACACUCGUCUACAGCACUUGCAGUUUGACAGUUGCUCAAAAUGAAGAUGUGGUAGACCAAUUCCUCGAGGAAAACACGUCUGCUGUGCUGCAGGAGAUUGAUGCUGCAGCAAGUUGGCCCUGCAAGAGUGGGAGGAUACCCAAGACUUUGCGCUUCAAUCCUUCAACUUCUCAAACUAGUGGACUUUUCGUGGCGAAGUUUACAAAAAUUGGCUUGUGACUAGAGAGGGAAUCAGACUCGUGCUCAACACUGCAGUGGUGAUAGAUUAGCAGAUUAUUAUACUUAGUAAUUUGAAGUUUCCAUGAGCUGAGAACACAGAAAUUUUGUCUUUCUUGUAAAGGGAUGAUGCAAAUUGGUGUUAUUUUUUCUACGCUUGAUGCUUGAUAAAACAAUCUUAGAAGUUUGAACUUAAAUAGUCAGUUGCAUGACUUCCCAUAGGGUGGUUUCAUUUUAA